GCCGCCCUUGCCUUGAUCUGAUCUGUCGCCCAAGGCACCCUGGCCUGCUCUUCGUGUUGCACACCGCCAUGGCGUCGCCAAUGGAUAUCGAUCGCUCGCUCGAUGAGAUUAUCAAGUCCAAGAAAAAAUCCCGCGUCGCGGGCAAACCCCCUGUCAAAACUCCCGGCAAGCAGGGACAGGGAAAGCGAGGAGGCAAGCCUAGCCCGGGUUCUCCCGCAGCGCAGCGCAAGAGCCCAAAGACCGGCUUGGCCCGAGUCAAGUCUUCUCCCGGAUUCAAGCGGACAGCCCCAGUUCAGGGCAAGGCCAUCUCCAAGGCUCUGCAAAGAACACCCCAAAAGCCUCAAGCCAAUACCCGCUCGAAGGACCGAAAGGAUAUCGCUCGUGACCAGGUAGCGGCGACACUUGUGAACAAUUUUACAAUUACCAUCGCCAACGACAGACGGCCCAAGAGCCCCGUUAAGCCUGCAGUCAAUCGAGACGUCAAUGGACUCGGAAGCCUGUCAACCAGAGCGUCGGCAAAAUCCAAAAGGCCCCUGAAUCCACCGUCCAAUCCGUCUCCCAAGCAUGACCAGCCUGAGAUACCACCAAUAGCACUCGAUAAGAGCAUCUCCUUGAGUUCGAGAUUUGCCCAAAUUAGUGCACAUGCGGCACGGUAUCGGGGCAGCGAUCUUUCGAGCUAACGCCCAUGUCGAAGACCGGGUUGCACGAGGAGCUAGUUUGGUCGAUACGGCUUCGUCUGAGCCAACUGACGGCGCUGAUUGCUCUUGGGUACGAUUUGGGUCAUUUCAGGAGUCGUGAAUACAGCUACAGGCGUAGACGAAUGGCGGGAGGGCACCCAUUAUCACAACAGUAAUUAGGGGCCACAUGAUCCGAGUCGUGUUACUAUUCCCGGGGU